AUAGGUCUGUCUGGGAGUCUCCGAGACGCCGAGGCCGAGGCGAGCUGCAGCAGCUCCCCCCUCCUCAGACUCAGCCCCCUCACGGCCGUGCUCUGUCUCCACCCCCGGCCUCCUCCCACUGACUGUGUGUCUCCUCCCUCACAGCCGUUCUCCCUAAGUGCCAGUCUCCCCUCUCCUCCUUCUCAUGGCUCUACUCUGUACAUCCGGGCCUUCGCUGUCCGCUUGACUCCCCUCCCCGCAUAGAGCGCACCGUGCCCGGCCUCACCCAACACUCCACGCCGCGGCUCCGGCCCGGGCCUACCACGCCCUCCGGACUACUUCAGGGGGCCGGGGCCAUGUCUAACCAGGGAUCCCGGAGGAAUGGACCCGUAAAGCUCCGUCUAACCGUGCUGUGUGCGAAGAACCUGGUGAAGAAGGAUUUUUUCAGUUUCGCCCCAACUGCAGGGCUCCCGGAUCCUUUUGCCAAAGUGGUGGUAGACGGGUCCGGUCAAUGCCACUCCACUGACACAGUGAAGAACACCCUGGACCCCAAAUGGAACCAGCAUUAUGACCUAUACAUUGGAAAAUCCGACUCCAUCACAAUCAGUGUUUGGAACCACAAGAAGAUUCACAAGAAGCAGGGAGCUGGGUUCCUGGGCUGUGUGCGGCUUCUCUCUAACGCCAUCAACCGCCUCAAGGACACCGGCUAUCAAAGGCUGGAUUUAUGCAAGCUUGGUCCAAAUGACAACGAUACAGUGCGGGGUCAGAUAGUAGUCAGUCUUCAGUCCCGGGACCGAAUAGGCACUGGAGGGCAGGUGGUAGACUGCAGUCGUCUGUUUGACAAUGACUUACCUGAUGGGCCGGGCCUCGGUUUCCUGGAAAUAGCACUGACUGCUUUAUCUCUUCCGUGUCUGGAUCGUAGCUGGGAGGAAAGGAGAACCGCCUCGGGGCGCAUCCAGUACUUAAACCACAUCACCAGGACAACCCAAUGGGAGCGCCCAACACGACCGGCAUCCGAGUACUCCAGUCCUGGGAGGCCUCUGAGCUGCUUUGUGGAUGAAAACACGCCCAUCACAGGGACCAAUGGAGCCACUAGUGGACAAACUUCAGAUCCUCGACUUGCAGAGAGGAGAGUCCGGUCGCAACGGCACAGAAAUUACAUGAGCAGAACACAUUUGCACACCCCACCCGACUUGCCUGAGGGAUAUGAGCAGAGGACCACGCAGCAGGGGCAGGUGUACUUUCUACACACACAGACUGGGGUCAGCACGUGGCACGAUCCCAGAGUACCCAGGGACUUAAGCAAUAUCAACUGUGAGGAGCUGGGACCCCUCCCUCCGGGCUGGGAGAUCCGGAACACCGCAACUGGGAGAGUUUACUUUGUAGACCACAACAACCGAACAACACAGUUCACCGACCCCCGGCUGUCUGCUAACUUACACCUCGUAUUAAACCGCCAGAACCAGCUUAAAGACCACCAGCAACAGCAGCAACAACAACAGCAGCAGCAACAACAACAAGUGGUCUCCUUGUGUCAGCUCCCUGAUGACGUGGACUGUCUAACUGUCCCACGUUACAAGAGAGAUCUGGUACAGAAACUAAAGAUUCUGAGACAAGAGCUGUCACAACAACAACCACAAGCUGGGCACUGCCGCAUUGAGGUAUCCCGCGAGGAGAUAUUUGAGGAAUCCUAUAGGCAGGUGAUGAAGAUGAGGCCGAAGGACUUGUGGAAGAGACUAAUGAUCAAAUUCCGUGGAGAAGAAGGUUUGGACUAUGGAGGGGUUGCCAGAGAAUGGCUUUAUUUGUUGUCUCAUGAGAUGUUAAACCCAUAUUAUGGCCUCUUCCAAUAUUCUCGCGAUGAUAUCUACACACUACAGAUCAACCCAGAUUCUGCAGUCAACCCGGAACAUCUCUCCUAUUUUCAUUUUGUGGGGCGUAUCAUGGGCAUGGCGGUAUUUCAUGGGCACUACAUCGAUGGUGGCUUUACACUACCUUUCUAUAAGCAGUUGCUGGGGAAACCAAUCACGCUGGAUGACAUGGAAUCUGUAGACCCCGACCUACACAACAGUCUUGUUUGGAUACUCGAGAAUGAUAUCACAGCUGUAUUAGAUCAUACGUUCUGCGUUGAGCACAGUGCGUAUGGAGAGCUCAUCCAGCACGAGUUGAAGCCCAAUGGCAAAAGUAUGCCAGUGACUGAAGAAACCAAAAAGGAAUAUGUCAGGCUCUAUGUAAACUGGAGAUUCCUUAGAGGGAUCGAGGCUCAGUUCUUGGCGCUACAGAAGGGAUUUAAUGAGGUUAUCCCACAAUAUCUGCUGAAGACGUUUGAUGAGAAAGAGCUAGAGUUAAUAGUGUGCGGACUGGGAAAGAUUGACGUUAAUGACUGGAAGUCCAACACCCGGUUAAAACACUGCACUCCAGAUAGCAACAUUGUGAAGUGGUUCUGGAAGGCGGUAGAGUCUUUUGACGAGGAGAGGAGAGCACGUCUGCUUCAGUUUGUGACUGGAUCCUCUAGAGUCCCUCUGCAAGGUUUCAAAGCAUUGCAAGGCGCUGCAGGCCCACGGCUAUUUACCAUUCAUCAGAUUGAUGCAAACACCAAUAACCUGCCCAAGGCACACACUUGCUUCAACCGAAUAGACAUCCCACCGUAUGAAACUUAUGACAAACUCUACGAGAAGCUCCUCACCGCCAUUGAAGAGACUUGUGGCUUUGCUGUGGAAUGAUAGAUGUCAAACAUGGACAAUAUUAAUAAAGUGCUAUCACACAGUCCCUACCCCCUCACUCCCAGUAUCAGAGGUGCUUCUGGAGCUACGUUCCGCAGGGCACUGUGACUGACGAGAGAAACUGACACUUUGGGAUUCUAUAAAUAUAUAUAUAUAUAUUUUUUCCAUUAAGAAAAAGUCGUACUGCGCUCACGACUUAGCUGCUAUUUAAAACAAAUAUCUUGAACAUUAUAAGGAACACUGACUUUUUAACUGAAAUCAGUGCUCUACAUAUAAAGACUACUAUUACUAUUUUUAUAUGAAAAGGGUUAUUACAUUCCCUCUUCCCGGAUCUUGCACCAAGAAGCAUGGUUACCAGCCUAGAGAGACAGCCCCAGCCAGGAGAUCUGUUACAGGCCUGUCCAGGAAACGGGGUCAUAGAUGAAGUCAGCCAUGCUUGAGUUUUGAAGAAGGUGAGCUGCCUUGUUGUGAUGUCCUAGAAGAUCCUGGCACUUGACAUCAAUUGGGAGAAGCUUAUAUUAAUUACAUCACCUAAGGGGGCUGUCUGAGGACCCCCGCUGUCAGUUCAAGUGGAUUCGAUGUAUGAUACUGAACUAGCAUAUUACCGUAGUGGCUAAAUGGUCUGUAUACCAGCUAUACACCACUUAUUUUAUUAAUAUAAUAAUUCCAAAUGGAAUAAUUUCAUACCAGCCAUGCCUCUAUAUGUUUGUUUUAGAUGUCUACAUAUUUCUUGUUCAUAGGUCUUUGUGUUCUAAUUUAAAGUGUGCCAGUUGCCUUACAUUGGAGGCAGUCAUCUUGUGGGCUGAAGCAAUAUUCACAAGAAUUCAGUCAGUCAAUUUAUUAGGGACCAGUGACAUCCCUGAGAAUGCAACCAAUAUGUUCACUAAGAACCAGUAACAUCCAAAGAAUGCAACCUAUCCACUCACUAGGGACCAGUGACGUCCCAAAGAAUGCAGCCUAUGGAUUCACUAGGAACCGGUGACCUUACUGAGGCACAUAGAGGUAGCCAUUUUGUGGACUGAAACCAUUUUUGAAUGCCAACUAUUCAUUCACUAUGAACCAGAGACGGCAGCAAAUGUCACUAGUUCGUAGUUCAUUGAAAGGUUGUGUCCUCAUUAAUAGAUGUUCAGCAGACAAAAUUGCCUUCACCACUCUGUAGGUGACGCACACCAUUUAAGCAGAAUGUUGAAACUUCCUGUCCACAACACGGUUCUAUUCAGACACACUUGUGGAAAGGAAAUAUCAGACCACUGAUUUCCUCUGCACUGUUUUCUUUUCUUUUUUUCCGUGCAGUAGACACUAUAUUAUGAGCUUAAUUUUAGUAUUUAAAUUGUAUAUCAGAGGAUGUGGACGUAACACUGGUUCAAGCACCUCCAAGUUCAGUGUCUCAUUCCGUCUAAAAUCUUUAUCCGGUCUUCUACCUCUGGUCUUCAUCUGUAUAUAGAAUUAAAAAGGGAAUUUUCUGUGAAAAUUCUGUGCAUAUUUGUAUAGGCCGGGUUUCAUUUCAACUUUUAUCUGCCAUCUUUUAUGUACAUGUAGCUCGUCAGUGAGAGAAAACAAAGCAUUAAAGACAAUUUGUUCUUUCAGACAGGAAAAGGAUUUCUAAUUACUGUAAAGCCAAGUGACUGUCUUAUCCCCAACUCAGUUGUCUGUGUGUAAAGUGUAUGAUUGGCCUAGUCUUCGUUAGUAACCCUUGCCACCUCUAUCCAAUAGAGGGAGACAUGGCUACUACAAGAUGGACACUUCCAAUAUUAUUGCAAAAUUUGACGUGUUUUAAGCUUAAUAUCCUAAAAGUGAUACCUUCUAAUUUUCCAGCAAUAAUGUUUCUGUGGGUAGUGGAGAAGCUAGAGGUAUAGCUGUGGAGGAUCAAACCUGUUCCAUUUAUUCAGGCAUUUUUUUAUUUUGACAUCAAGCCUUACAGACCCCACAACUUGCUGUUGACUUGCGCCUUAGUCACUUGGAAAGCUGUAUCAGUUGAACUGUUAAUACAAUUUCUAAAGUUUUGCUGCCUCCGCAUGGCUGAGAAAUUGUUUAUCCUCUAAACGUUAAUCUAACACUAGAGUGAGACGCUUUACAGUAUCUUUGCCAGCUGCUCCAGUGGGGGUUAUACAUAGAUCAAGCAAACAUUGUUUUUGCUAUAUCGCCUGCACGGUUUCAUUAGCAACUAAGGAUAAAUCUAGGGAGAACAAAGCAGCACCCACUUCUAUAUGGAAAUCACAGGAAGGUGUCUGUCAGGUUCCAGAGUUGCAUAUACUGCUUCUUGAGUACCAGGGGUUUUGUGAGAGAGUUGUGACCUUAGGCUGGAAGUGAACUAAGCUAUGUUGUGUAGAUCACCUUAUAUGAAGCCAUAUCUCUUUAGGGUUCAUAGGAGAUCCACAGGAAAAUGUGUGCUGGACACAACUGUUUGUAGCUAUUGAACGAAUUUCCAAUUUUGCAUACAUUGCUUUGUUUCCUGUCCCUCCAUAUUUUGUUGUGGUCCUUUGAUCCACUUGCGUCCAUGUAUGCCAUUAAGAACCCUUUUCUUGCUGCAGGGAGCAGUUUUAAUUAUGGUCUCCUCUGAAGAUUUAUGAUUACUGCUAGUUACUGUUUUACCAAAAAAUGAAAUAAAAAUAAGCUUCAUCUUCCCCCCCCUCCCCCAAACACACUCUGACCUUUAAUACACAUAAGGGUAACCUGUGAGUGCCUAUUCAGGGCUAAUGUGUUUCGGUAGAUCUGGGGGUGAUAAUGGAAACCAGGCAUUUUAUACCCAUUGUUACAUUAUGGUCAGGUUGCCUAGAUUUGCUCCUCUGACAGAUAAGUGGAAUCAGAUGUGAAAACCACAUACUUAUUAAUAUUCUAAUUUUAAAAGUGAUUCCCCUUCACUAACCUGGUGGCACCAGCAUGUUACUGAACAUAAUGUUAUUUGCUUCAAUUUAUAGCUGAUGAAUUAAAAAAUAUUUUCAAAG